CCGCACCGGAAUAUUCCCCACCGACGACCUAUUUCGCCCAAGACUUCACCUUUUCCCGAAAACUAUAAAUACUUCUCAUUCUCACCAGCCAUUUCGUGCCCUAGACUUCUCCGUCAUCGCCUCCACUAACCCCAACUCUCUCUCUCCACGCAAUACUCACUUUCUCUGUAUUUCUUUCCUCAUUUUAGUUCAAAAUCCUUGAUUUUUCAGUCUCUUUGGGGUUCGAUACAGUGUAAAGAUGGUCUGUUUUGAUUCAUUAUCGAGUGACUAGAAGUGGGAUUGGAUCGAAGAUGGUUUUGAGUUCAUUUGGAGUAUUGGGUCUUUGUUGGUUGUGGGGGUUUUUGUUGUGGUAAUGGAUGUGGUGGAGUUGCCCGUACCGGCGGCAGUUGCGGUGUUGACGCUCAUGGGAUCUGAUGGUUUCGGUGGCGUUGGUGGUAGCAGUGGUGGUGGUGUCGGGGUUACAGUCGAGGAAGUCGAGGCUCGUGAAUUGGACCGCGUUUCGAUUCUUGUUUCCCCCUCAAUUGACAGAUGCAGUUCUUUUCUCAGCCAGAAAGAUGAGGUGGGUGCUGUUCGUCCCUCAGAAUCAGCCUUCUGGAAAAAGACGCCAGAUGUUGAAAUUAGGCGAGCUAGUCAGUUGUCCAGCUUUCAUGGUGAAGAUGCAUCUGAUGACCUUAAUUUUGUGAGCACAAAUAGUUGUCAAUCAUUGAUGCCCAGGCUGGAGGCUAAAGAAUUAAAAAAGAAAUCUGGUAAAGUGUCAAGAAGUAGCAGUGGGUGUUCAAAGAGGUCGCGUAUGGCACAAAUGGAAGUUUCUAUAAAUGAACAUGGAGCUGAUGAUAUAAAGGGCACAUCUAAUGAGCUUGGGUCAUAUUCUGCAAAAUGCAAUAUUGCAGAGCGAAAUCAAAUGGCUAAGCAAAAGAACAACUUAAAUGGGAAGCGAGGUGAUAAAAGAAAUGGUAAAAUUCCUUUGAAGAGUAAAUAUGAUACUUUUUCUCUAAAGGCUGGCUUGUCGAGCUUUGGUUCAUCUGUUGGAGGGAACAACAAUCUUGGAGUAUAUGGUUCAAAACAAGAUAGUUUUGAUGUCACAAAGCAUGUAGAUGAGCUGUCGUUGAACGAACUCCUAGAUGGCAGUUACAAGUGUCCCAGUUUUACUAAAGACAAGGGAAAGAAGGCAGCAAAUUCGAACGAAACAUUCCUGAAUUCUGUUAGAAGUAUUUUCUCUAUUCUUCGGCUCCGAAAACCUAUACGACCCCAAAAUUCUGCUGAUAUUGAUAAUAGUUGCAACCAUAAAGUUACCACGUGCCUGGUGAGCUCUGGCUCUUGUGUAGCAGGCAGAAGUGACGGUGAUAGAGGAGAUACCUACACAAAAGAUCGAUCAUCAUGUAACAAGAUGUUUCACGAUUCUUGUGGUUGUAGCAAGCUCAAAUCACCUGCCCAUAUGCCUGACUUCCCAUUGUAUCAACCUGAAGAUAUUUUGGAGCGCCUUGCUCUUCCUCCACCCAAAGAUUUGGAGUCUUUGCUCCUUGAUGCUAGCAAGCCUGCUUUACCUUCAAGGAAUAAUUCCGAGCUACGUUUAGGCAAGCCAGUAUCUAAUCGAGCUGGCUUGCCACCCUUUCCUUGGUCACAUACUUCCGGUGGGCAUUAUAAAUCGAGUUCUGAUGCAGCUAAAUUUUCUACAACUAGGACCAAUUGCCAAGGUAGAUGGGUAAAAAUAGAGAGCAGUGCCACUUCUUUGAAUAGCACCACCAGUUUCCUUGUGGACUUUGAGUCACUUACUUACGAUCACAGUCUAGUACCUUCAGUGGGUCCCAAUUUAGGGCCUUCAGAAAAUAAAAAUGUCCCAUCUACAUCUAUUAGCUUUCUCUGUGAACGUAGUUUAUCAGCUUCUGCAACAAUCUCAAGAGCUUCCAAGGUUCCUCCAGAAUCUGGAGGCGGUUUCGAUUGUCAAGACAAUGCUGGGCAUUCUCCAAUAAGAUUGGCUGCUGCUCAAACACUAUAUGACAUUGCAACUAAUUCCCCAAGGAAAAACCCACAUGACAUGAUCAAGUGGCCGAAGAAAUCCACACAGAAAGCCAUGAAAGCUCGCAAGUUGAAGUCAAAUGAGAAAUCUGAAGAAAUAUUCGCAACACCAAAUUCAGUAACAAGACCAAACGACGUGAUAAAGAAUGUGAUUGAGUUGCUGCCGGCGAAGAAGCCCAGGCUCUCCAUAAAUGAGAAGAGUAAUGGUCUUGGUCAUGCCCACACCAUGAGAAAAGUCCCAGUGACAUGGGCUGCUCCCAGAUCAAGUAGAUCAUCUCCUAGCAAAUUACUAAGGGACUCAGUUGUAGAACCAAAACAUUAUAGUCCUGACAUUGUAAAGCAAUCUUCUGUGAUCCCACCAUCCACAAGGGUCUUGGAUAAGGCUUGCAAUGGUCAGCAGAAGUUGAGGAGAUUAGUGCCGAUGGAGCGGAACUGGUCAGGAGGUAAGCUGGACUGAUCAAUAUGUGGUGAAUGCAGAAGCUGCUUCUUCUUUGGAAAUUUGUUGUUCAUUUAAAUAUUCAGUUAAUUGUGAAAACUGGUAGGUCUGUAUAUAUUGUGCUGCAAGUAGAAUGGGAUUGUUGUAGUGUUUCAUCACAGAGUAAGAGGAACAGUGACGGAAUGUUGUAACAUUAAUUGUAGGAUGAGUGUGGAAACACAUGGGAAUUCCUUGCCUUUGUAGAUCAUAAAAUGAGGCUAUAGAAAUUCACGUUCUCUC